AAGCAACAAGGAAGAAAGUGUCCACAAACAGGUGUACGCUGACUCCUGUCUCUAUAUAUAGAGUACACUUCUGUGUUUCAGGCCAGUAAAAGUCUUUCAAUCUAUCUGGAACUAUAAGAGAUCAAUAGUACUGGCCAGGUCAUGCCUGGAGAGAUCAAAGGUCACGGCUCCUCGGCAAACCACGGCCAUGGACACAAACCUGGCCAGGAGCCCGAGGAGACCACAGUGAAUCGAAAGACAACAAAGGGAGCUAAUAAAGCAACAAAGAAUAAGCCGAAUAAAGUGAAACCGCAAAAAGUUGUAUCUGAGAGACCAGAUCACUUGGAAGAAGAUGGUAAUGCUGCGGUCCUUCAAUCUCAACACGAAACAGUCUACGUUCCCUUUGAUCAGAAACGUGAAGAGACGACAUUUACAGAUCAGAAGCGAGAGGAGAGAGAAAAUAAAGAAUUCGCAGACUUCAAGACACAAGACUCUUCCAGAUCUGAGCCUAAACAAUAUCCACAGUCGUACAUCACUCCGGCUAACUUCAAUGUCCGUGAAUUUAAUACUAAUCUAACAGAAUUUAUACGUACGUUAGAUGACCCAAGAUUUAGCCAAGUUGACCAGGAGUAUCCAGUGAAAGAAUUUACUUCAAUAAUUGGCAUGAUUACAAAAUCUGUCAAUGAUUACAGACAACAUACACACGAUUCCCAGCUUCAGUUAGAACAUCUCAGAGAAAGAAUGAAAACAAUAAAAGAGAGUCUACAUUUUAGUGUAUCCCGGCAGGCUAUGGACUUAAGAGCAGAGGAUGCACACCAAACCCAAGAAGAACUCGACUUAACCGCCAAGCUAACACAAUUAAACGCCAUAUUGGCUCAAGCCCAUGCCGAUGUCACAGAGGCGCUGCGUCUAGCCGCUGAGACCCAAAGUCUAGCUAUCAAGUCCAACAUCGCAGCAGAUAAGGCUCGAGAAGAGACGAGGAGACUAGAAGAAGAGAUAGAAAAAAGAGAAAAUGCCGAAAAGAAAAAGAAAGAAGAAGAUACAAGGAGAAAAGAGGAAGAUAAAAAGAGAAAAGAAGAAGAAGAGAAAAAGUUACAAGAAGAAAGACAAAGGAAAGAAGAAGAAUGGAGGAAAAUGGAAACAUUACAGAACGAGAAAAUGUCUCAACCUUACGACAGCUGGAUACCAGUUCCAUAUGUUCACGUCAACGAAUCAGGUGAAACGGAAGUGACCUGCAUAGCUAGAGGUCUACCUGGACACUUUGAUGAGCACAAUGUCAGCUGCAAGGUAGCCAAGGAGAUGGAAGGGCUCAUUACAUACCAACCUAAUGAAGAAUUGAUUAGUCACGUGAUUGAACUCAGUAGCCAGGACGGAAACACCCAACUAAAGCAUCCUAUCUAUGUGGCCAUACCACAUGUAUUGAGUCGGAGUACAGCCCAGUCUAAGGAAGCUGUGGUCAAGGCCAUGGUUGAAGGUGAAUGGAAAGACUUACCUACACGAGAUGUUACCUUUGAUACACACAAGGACACAAAAUUCGCCCAAGCGGAAGUACGUCAUCUGACCACACUACUUGUUAUGUCCAGAUUCAAAAGAGAUUAUAUAACACUGAUGCCAAACAAAGGCUGCAAAGCUGUUUCUUCAUUUGAUCAAAGAAUCACUCUGGACAUUGAAAAAGACACAUUAGUUAAGAAAGAACAUUUCUUACUUCAGGUGCAACCAGUUGAUUCUGGGACACUUCAAGACUUUCGAAGUCGUCAACCGCAAGGGAAAAGUUUAUUGAGCAGUAGUUCCAUUGUCUAUACACAAUGGGAGACAAUCCAAUUUAAAAAACCUAUACAAGUGACACUACCCUGUCCUCCUAACCCAGCUAAAGCAAAGAAACUGGCCUUAGCCAGGAAACUGAAAGAGGAGAAAAUGAAAAACCCAGCCAAACCACCGAUGCCUAUUGAAGAACAAGAAAAAGAAAAAGAGAGAGAAAGAAAACGAAUGCAAGAGUAUAUAGAGACAGAAAGCGGACCAGCGAAAGUGUCCAAGUGGUAUAUGGGAGACUAUGCUAAUACCGAUGAGGAGGAGAAUGACAGUGUUCACUUAGUUUACAUGCAAGCUGGCAGAUGGUUUAGACAAGCUGAUGCUAUCAUCAAGCAAAUCAAAGUGGAUGUUGUGACAUUUCAUCUGACAUUUCCGGUAGAAAGGUUUAUGGUUGUUAGAACUAGGACUACAACAGAUGAUGAAACAGUGCUUGCUUUGGUUAACGCACUCAAUGAAUUCUUAGGAAAGCGUUUUGUUGAAGUUGUGGUCAGACAAAAAACAGACAAUCCAUUUGAGGUGGCCUUACAAGUGACUCCAAUUUCAAGACUAGAUCAAGUGGUAAAGCAUCUAGCUCAACAUGGAUUUGACUCUGGUCCAGCACCAAGUCAUGUUUUAUGUCUACAGGAAGGAGAUAUCAUAGAAUUGGAAUUUAGUGGCAACAUUGAAUGCACAGACAAUGUUCCAGAUCAACUAAUCUACAAGUCUAAUGUCCCCACAGUGACAUAUUUCACUGUGAAGGAAGAAAACAAAUUUAGACAAAAAGAACAUGAGUAUUUCAGUGGACUUAUUUGUUUGUCCAGGAAGUAUUUACAGCCUACACAGAAAAGUAAAAAGCCAAUGACCACAGGGCAAGGUCAUGAUGACCAGAGAGAAUGGAAGUCUGAACGCAUCUGUUCUUUACAGCUUAACAUCCCAAAAUAUCACCUAACUCCCAAUGCUGAGCCGCUGAAAGCUCCUGUACAAAUAACAGAUACUACUGGACCAGUUGAUAAAGAUUUGUUAAUGACACUUGCUGACCAAAUGGGAGAUGAAUGGAAGAAAGUAGCUCAUUAUCUAGGAGUUCACAAAGCUAGAGUUCAGGCUAUUAUAAGAAAUGUGACAGUGGGUGAAAGAUCUGAGAGAGAUGCAAAGUAUGACAUGCUGUUGACCUGGAUUAAAGGAGCUGCUAAGGCUUUAGAUAAAGUCUCUGCACUCUCAGCAGCCUUGGACAAUAGUGAUCGCAAUGAUCUGGCUGAAACUGUUCGACGAAGAGGAAAAGGCUCAUUAGAUACGAGGCGGAUGACACUUGUUAGCUAAUACAUUUUUACUCUCAAAAUUUCCUGCUUUUAAAAUGUAUUUUAUGUCUCUAUUAGAAUCAUUGAAAUGAAUAUGUAUUUUAAUGCUUGUGAUUAAUUAUUAUAAUUUAGUUUUCAAUAUAUGAUUUUAAAAAAGUCAGUUGACAUCUGUUGAUAUACAUUAAGACAAUACUUAAAACACCUGUCUAUCAUAUCAAUUCAUUUUUAUUUCCUAAUUACUUAAAAAAAAAAAUUUGUGUAUUUGAACUUUUCAAUUUUUAAGUUCAAUUUUAGUGUUAUUCAAAAUGAAAUAAAUAUGAAAUGAAAUAAAAAUUUUCUUUAUUUAUGGUUUGCUAACUCUAUGUCAAAUGUUUAUCAAGAUAUAUGAUAUAAAAUUGAAAGGUAAACUAUUUUUCAUCUUCAUAUUAACUUGGUAAACAAUGUCUAGGUAAAAAUGUACAGGCAUUUAAUUAUUAUGAACAUGUUCAAACAUUUUUAGAGUUAUGUUACAUGCUAUGAGUUUUUGCCUUUUAAAUGUUUCAAAAAAUUCAUAUUUUAUACUAAAAUGUUGUAAUUUCGAGAUUGCUACAAUUAUAGAAAUUGUACAAACUUAAUUGAAAUAUUCUUUUAUUGAAAUAGAAAAAAGUAUUUUUUGUCAAUUCCUAAUGUUUUACUAUGAUGUCCACAACAGAAUAAAUAAAAAUAUAAAAAUGGAAAAUUCAAUUCUGCAGUGCUUAAAAGUGCAAAAAAAUGUCAUUAUUUUAAAAAAAAGUGUAUCCACAUGUCUUGCAGUUAGUGCACUGGACUGUCACUUUGUGGUCUCAAUUAUCCUAUCCCAGGUUCAUACCCUGCCUUCUCCUAUCACCAGUUAUCCUGUGGGAGGUUUGAAUUUGGAAGUAGAUUAGGAAGGAACAUCCAAAACAUAGACAAGAAGCAAACAACUUCCUUUAUUCUGUACACCGAAUACACCAAAAUUUAGCUAUUGAAAUUUUUCCCACCAAAUUUUAAAAUCUCUUAUAAAGGGAUUGUGAAAAACAAAAAAAAUUUAUAACUAAACACAUGCUAUCUCGGAGUCACGGUGGCUGAGCGGUAAAGCGCUUGACUUCUGAACCACGGUUCGAAUCCUGGUGAAGACUGGGAUUUUUAAUUUGGGGAUCUUCGGGCACAUCUGAGUCCAACAACUCUAAUGGGUACCUGACAUUAGUUGGUGAAAAAUAAAGGCUGUUGGUCGUUGUGCUGGCCACAUGACACCCUCAUUUAUCGUAGCCCACAGAAUCAGAUGACCUUUACAUCAUCUGCCCUAUAGACCACAAGGUCUGAAAGGGGAAAUUUACUUUUUUUUACAUGCUAUCUCUCUUGGCUGUUUCAUUUGAACUAAAAUAUUCUCAGUAUACAUUAUUAUACAUUCAAUAAUACCACAUAUUUAUAAAUAUAUUGACAAUGUUUCUCUAAAUUGUAUUUUCAUUUUAUAAUAAUUUCACUUUGUUUCUAUGGCUCUUGGAAAUAGGCUUGUUUAGAAUUGCUGAUGCAGUUUACCAUUUAACUUGAACCAUCUAACUACCCUAAACACUCAACUUGAACCACCCACCCUAAAUAUACAAUCAAAUUUAGACUAGGAAGUUAGUUUGUUUCCAAUUUAGCUGGUUAAACGUCCAUCUGUUGUUCACUAAUCAGUGAAAGGACAACUUCACACUGGGGUAGUCAUUAGAACUGUUAGUCAUUUAUGUGGUCUAAAAAUACAAUUAGUGAAACAAUUAUUUUAAUUUAAAUUCAUUGCUUUAAUCCAGUAACUUGUUUAUAAACAAAUAGCUUUUUUACAAAACAUAAAUCAACUCACUUUGUCUUGUAAAAAGUUGUUUUUUUUUUCCAUGUUGCCAUUCUCGGGUCAAGUUGAAACUUUGCACAUGAAUUAAUAAGAAAAUUAACCAAUUAGUUUAUUAAUUAUGAAUGAUUAAUUAUGAUACUUAAUAGUAAUGCUACUUAAUGAGAGAUGUGGCAGUAUAUAUGAAUAUGAAUAUAUAUCAUUCAUAGUCAAUGAAAAUGCACAAACUAAUAAAAAAAUUAACCAAUUAAUAAAUCAAUAAGUACAAAUUAAUUUUGUUUUAUAUAGCAGAAAGGGAGCUAAGUGCUAAUAUUUUCAGAUAAUUUGUAGUAAUUAGUGGCUCUUUCCCUUGUUUAUAAAAAAAAAAAGUAAUAAUUUUUCUACUGCUUGUAUUGAAUAGUUUUAAAAGUUGUAUUUUAUUGAAUACUUUGGUAAUUUUGGUUAAAGUUGCAGAUACUAUAAUUAUAAUAGAAGCUAUUGUUAUUGGGAUAAAGUAACUUUAAAAGUCUAGUGAGGUUAAUAAGAAUGUUUAAAGUGACAUGUUUGUAUCGAAUUAUUGAAAGGUUUAGUUUGAAAAGAAAUUAACUAAUAAAAUAUAAAAUGGAAAGAAGUCUUUUAAAAUAUGCCAGAGAAAUUCAAUAGCAUUUUCUGAAUAUCCAAUCCCACUUUAUUUAACCAAUCCAAUAGAAACAAAUAUAUACAAUACUUUGUGUAGUACACAUGAAAUAUAACCAGUGACAUAUUAAUAAAGAUUAAAUGUAACAUCUAUGGUACUAUUAAAUUAUUGUCAAAUGAAA